GUUCUCUGGAUCGGGAGAGCACAGAAAUGUACGACCUGGUUCUGAAGGCCUCAGACAAAGGCAGCCCACAGAGAGAGAACAUCACCACCAUCAGAGUGAGCCUCACGGACGUCAACGACAACAGGCCCGAGUUCAGCUCCAGCAUCUACGAAAGAAGCAUCUUGCUGAAAGACGCAGAGGAGGGGAAGCUGCUGCUGACGCUGAGCGCCACCGACCGCGACAUCGGGAACAACUCGCUCAUCACCUACAGUUUCUCUGAAGGAGACUCGUCAUUUUUGGCCUUAAACCACCAAACAGGAGAAGUGACACUGACCUCCGACCUCGCUGAUGUCACCGAAGACAUCACGCUGCUACUGAUGGCUGUGGCCACAGAUCAGGGCAGCCCUCCUCUCAACUCCACAGCUCGUGUGGCGGUGAAUAUCAGGGUUGUCAGUCUGGAAGACGGCGUGGGCUUUCAGAGGGCCUCUUACAACUUCAGUCUGCCAGAGAACCAGCCGAAGGGGGAAACCGUGGGGCGGGUCCACGCCUCCUCGGGAAGCGACCUGUACGAGAUCUCCUACGGACUCAUAACGCACACUGACGUGUUCUCCAUCACCAGCGAUGGGGACAUCUUGACCACAGAAGAGCUGGACAAGGAGGAGCAGGAGUGGUACAUCCUGGAAGUGGAGGCCGUGGACACCCGGACCCCCCCGACAUCCGCAGUGGCGCUGGUCAGAAUUCAGGUGAAGGAUGUGAAUGAGUCCCCGGUGUUCUCCUCAGAGGAUUAUGAAGCCUUGGUGUUCAGCAUCGCCCCGUACAAAACCCCAGUCGUCCAAGUCAAGGCCGUGGACCACGAUGUUGGAGACAAUAGCGCUCUGGUCUACAGUCUGUCAGCAGACAGCUCCUCCUUCGACGUGGAGCCAUCCUCAGGUCUGGUGUAUGUGGUGUCAGCAGCAGAUCUGGGUGGACAAACCGUUACACUGGAGGUGAAGGCUACAGAUCCCAAAGGACUUCAUGCUAAAGCAACAAUAAAGGUUAUAGUUCAGGACAGCGCGAGCAGCAGCGACGUGACGAUCAUCUCUCUAAAUCAGCCGGCUAACUUUGUGGAGAGGAAGGUUCCAGAGCUGGAAAAGUCUUUAGGCAAAGUUCUGGGCUGGGUGGUGAACAUAAUCCAGGUGUGGAGCUCUGAUGGAGAAGAAACCCGAACGCUGAGGGCGUCUCCAAGGACCUUGGUCAGCUUUGUUGCUAUUGACGGCGGGGAAGCCAUUUCUGCUGAGGAAGUCACAAAGAGACUGCAGAGUGAGUCUGCUGAUGUGAAGGCGGAGCUGGCCCUGUUGUUUGGGGACGGCCUACAUUUUGAUGUAGAGACCGGGUCUCCAAGCUCCACCUCCAACCAGGCUUUGGUCAUUGCUCUGGGGGUUUUGUUGGCCCUGAGCCUCAUCGGAUUGAUUGUUGCCGUGGUGUUUGUUGUCAGGUUCAAGAAGAGUGGGAAGCAAAGGGAUCCUGACCAAGAGAGCCUUCACAUCAGCCGCCGAGAUGAAGGUUACACGAACUACAAUUACCAGAAUGACUCUAAAACCCCUCAGCUGAGUAACGCGAAUCGGGAUGAAAGCCGAGCAGAGGACAGAGACAAGGCUCAGUGGGACAGACGGGCUGAUGAGGAGGAGACAUCAAACAAAGCCAGUAACGGCAUGGCACUGAGAGGGCACACAAACAGCGAGAGCGAUGAAAGUCACACUUCUGCUCUCUGAUGUGAACGUCAGAACUCUGCCAAGCUUUAGGCACACCGCCAGAAAAAUAAUAAAAUGUACAAAAUAUGAAAAUAAAAUAUCCACAUUUAUUAACUUUAAGCACCUCAGAACCGCAUGUCAGGGAGCACUCACUUCUAGUUCAAAUGUGAUCCCUGUUCUGCAUCAGCGACUGCAGAUCUGCUUCUCUCUGUUCACACAAUAAAAGUCAUUUUUAUUUAUACGGAUCCA